AGGGAAGUUAAAGCGCCGGAAGUAGUUUAGUGAGCAGGCGGAAUUGGUUGUAAAGGUUCAUGGUUUUGCGCCUAGUCUGAGACGAGGGCUCCUCACUAAAUGCUGUUGGACAUCUAAACUCAGUCUCUGGUUCCACCUGCGCUGAUAUCGUUCAUCUGUUGUUGGCUUCAUAACUGGACAACAUGGAGCAGAACAACAGCUUGCCUCCAUUUCCGCAAAGCCUUGCAUCACCUCAGGGGGCUAUGACGCCUGGUAUCUCCAUGUUUAGCCCUAUGAUGCCAUAUGGUACAGGGCUUACACCACAGCCAGUACAGAACACCAAUAGCCUGUCACUCUUGGAGGAGCAACAGAGACAACAGCAGCAGCAACAACAACAACAGCAGCAGGCGGCUUCUCAACAGCAGGGUGGGAUAGUGGGAACAUCAGGCCAGACUCCUCAGCUUUAUCACUCACAAGCAGUUUCCACCACCACAGCACUUCCAGGAAACACCCCUCUCUACACAACCCCUCUAACACCCAUGACCCCCAUUACUCCUGCCACACCUGCUUCAGAAAGCUCUGGCAUCGUUCCUCAACUACAAAAUAUUGUGUCAACUGUGAACUUGGGAUGCAAACUCGACCUGAAGACAAUAGCACUGCGAGCCAGGAAUGCUGAAUAUAAUCCUAAGCGUUUUGCGGCCGUCAUCAUGAGGAUACGAGAGCCCAGAACUACUGCUCUGAUUUUCAGUUCAGGCAAGAUGGUCUGCACGGGAGCUAAGAGUGAGGAGCAGUCUCGUCUGGCUGCCAGGAAAUAUGCAAGAGUAGUGCAAAAACUCGGUUUCCCAGCCAAGUUUCUAGACUUCAAGAUUCAGAACAUGGUUGGAAGUUGUGAUGUCAAGUUCCCAAUUCGACUGGAGGGCCUGGUUCUCACCCAUCAGCAGUUCAGCAGUUACGAGCCAGAGUUAUUCCCUGGUUUAAUCUACAGAAUGAUUAAGCCCAGAAUUGUGCUUUUAAUAUUUGUUUCAGGCAAAGUUGUACUCACAGGUGCAAAGGUGAGGGGUGAAAUCUAUGAAGCAUUUGAAAAUAUAUACCCUAUCUUAAAAGGAUUCAGAAAGGCACCAUAAUCCUGAUUACCUGCAACUUUCUUAUUGUAUUUGUUUGAGGGAACGGAGUUUACUAGGACAUCCAUUCUCUUAGUUUUUGUUUAUGUAAAUACUAUUUUAUUCACAGGUAGUGAAUGGAAAUUACUUUUAUUCUUUUUUUUCUUUCUUUUUUAAAUUCAGCUGGUUUGUGGCUGUUGGUCCACAAUUUUACCAGAAUCUUUUAAUGGUUUUACCAUCUGUAUUUUUUUUAAACAUUAUGCACAUUCCUUUAAUGAGCAGGCAGGUUAUUUUAGGCUCAUUUCUAGAAGUACCAUACUAUCAAGAUGGGGGGAGUGUUGGAUUUAAAGUGUUAAAUGUUACACCAUUAAUGUGUCUGGAUCAGUUCAAGUCCAUUUGUCCACAAAGGAAGCUAUAUGUGGUAAUGUGCACAGAUCAUUUGAAGUUUUUUGAUAUGCUGGGCUUUGCUUAUUUUGUUAAAGCAGAUGUGCAGUAUGAUGAGAGCUGCUUCUGUAAUUUCAUUGUAAUUCACUGAAGUGUUGCAAGUCUUCCGCCUAACUCUUAUAAUGAAUAUAAUAACGUUUGCAUCCAUGUUACUGUUGGCACUCCAAAUACAUGGUGCAGAUUGAUAACCAAUAGUUUUGCUCUACUUUUAGCCAAGUGCACAAGUCACUGUAGACCUUUGUCUAUUCAUAAAGUUUUUUGAAUGGCAGAGAGCCUGGACUGUGAUUUGGUGUAGAGAUAUAUACAUAUUCAUUAUAUGAGUUAUAUUCAACCUCUGAAGCCCUGCUAACGUAACUUUUUUGCAUCAGUUGUUAAUUUGCUUUGAAACAAGCAAAUAAAUAUUUCCCAUCUCUUUGCUUUGUA